CUCGCCUCUGCCCCACAGAGGGUUGCUCCUGCAAGGUCCUUCCACGGCCCUCACUUUCCUUUUCCCUUGCCGGGCAUUUUCCAGGAUAGCUGUGACUCCAGGCCCACAAUGGAUGCUCUCCGACUGGCAAAUUCAGCCUUUGCGGUUGACCUGUUCAAACAACUGUGUGAAAAGGAGCCAGCAGGCAAUGUCCUCUUCUCUCCAAUCUGUCUCUCCACCUCUCUGUCCCUUGCUCAAGUAGGCGCCAAAGGGGACACGGCAGAUGAAAUUGGACAGGUCCUUCAUUUUGAAAAUAUCAAAGAUGUACCCUUUGGAUUUCAAACAGUAACAUCGGAUGUGAACAAACUUAGUUCCUUUUACUCUCUGAAACUAAUCAAACGGCUCUACGUAGACAAAUCUCUGAACCCCUCUACAGAGUUCAUGAGCUCUACGAAGAGACCCUAUGCAAAGGAAAUGGAAACUGUUGACUUCAAAGAAAAAUUGGAAGAAACAAAAGGUCAGAUCAACGAGUCAAUCAAGGAUCUCACAGAUGGCCGCUUUGAGAACAUCUUGGCUGACAACAGUGUCAGUGACCAGACCAAAAUGCUCGUGGUUAAUGCUGCCUACUUCGUUGGGAAGUGGAUGAAGAAAUUUCCUGAAUCUGAAACCAAAGAAUGCCCGUUCAGAAUCAACAAGACGGACACCAAACCUGUGCCGAUGAUGAGCAUGGAGGCUACGUUCUGUAUGGGCAACGUUGAUGGUAUCAACUGCAAGGUCAUAGAGCUUCCCUUUCAAAACAAACACCUCAGCAUGCUCAUUCUGCUCCCCAAGGACGUGGAGGAUGAGUCCACAGGCCUAGAGAAGGUUGAACAACAGCUCAACUCAGAGACGCUCUUGCAGUGGACCAAUCCCAGCACCAUGGCCAACACCAAAGUCAAACUCUCCAUUCCAAAAUUUAAGGUGGAAAAGCUUGUUGAUCCCAAAGCUAGUCUUGAAAACCUAGGGCUGAAAAAUGUCUUUAAUGAGAAUACAUCUGAUUUCUCUGGAAUGUCAGAGACCAAGGGAGUGGCCCUCUCCAAUGUUAUUCACAGAGUGUGCUUAGAGAUCGCGGAAGAUGGCGGGGAUUCCAUAGAGGUGCCUGGAUCGCGAAUCCUGCAACACAAGGAUGAGUUCAAUGCCGACCACCCAUUUAUUUACAUCAUCAGGCACAACAAAACGCGAAACAUCAUUUUCUUUGGCAAGUUUUGCUCUCCUUAAGUGGAGAGCCCAGGUUAAGUCCCACCUGACUUUUCUGUAAACUCUGCAUCCAAAGAAUCACUUUCUAAAUACAAUAAAUUGUUAAUAUUGCUGGGUCA